AUAUUUUUGACACCGAACACGUGGUGUGUGUAGUUUUAAUUAAAAUGGAAAGCAAAAAUGAUAUUCCAUUAAAAGAGUAUAUUCCCGUUGCCACUACAGAAAAUGGAGCAAAUGAUUUGGCUACACAUGAUGAUACACUUCCAACAAAAGCGGUGGAUAAUACACUCGAAGAGGGAAAGAAGGAUGUAACAUUAAAUAGAGAAUUGGGUUUAUUUUCAGCUGUUAGCUUAAUUUUAGGUGUUAUGAUUGGUUCAGGCAUAUUUGUUUCGCCAGCACCAGCAUUAAGCUAUUCUGGAUCGGUUGGAAUGUGUACAGUGGUAUGGUUUGUUUGUGGAGUUAUUUCUUUAAUUGGUGCUUUGGCUUUUGCAGAAUUAGGAACAGUUGUGCCUCGAUCAGGUGCAGAAUAUGCAUACUUUACCGAAUCAUUUAAUAAUUUACAUCCAUUUUGGGGUCCAUUACCGGCAUUUAUAUGUUCAUGGGUGUAUGUUGUGGUUUUACGGCCGGCAGAAGUUGCAGUUAUAACUUUAACAUUUGCUGAAUAUAUUUGUCAACCUGUGAUUGAUCAUUAUCAUAUCGAUAAAAAUAGUAUCGAGAAUGUUAAAAUGUAUAUAGCAUUAGGAGCUUUAGGUUUAAUUACAUUUAUAAAUAUUGCAAGUGUUAAAUUAUAUGUAAAAAUUCAAAAUAUUUUUGGAGCAUUCAAGGUUCUUGUAUGUGUUGUGAUUAUUGGGGCUGGAAUUUAUGCAAUUUCUACUGGCUAUACUGAUAAUCUAAAGACUGGUUUUAAGGGUACACAUACAAAACCGUCAAGUAUUGCUUUAGCAUUUUAUAGUGGUUUAUGGGCUUAUGAUGGAUGGUCAACAGUUACAACUGUUACCGAAGAAAUAAAAAACCCAUCCAGAAAUAUUCCGCUUAGUAUUUUAAUAAGUGUUCCGUUAGUAACACUUUUAUACGUGUUUAUGAAUGUUGCUUACAUGGCAGUAUUAACAAUUGGUGAAAUGGAAGCGGCACCAGCAGUUGCCGUAGUUUUUGGUGAACGUAUUCUUGGAACUUUUAGUGUGAUUAUACCAAUUGGUGUAGCGUUGGCAACUUUUGGCUGUGCAUUAAGUAUACAAUUUAGUAUCACACGAUUAUGUUAUGUGGCUGGCCAAGAAGGACAUAUGAUUAAAGCAUUUUCUUAUGUCAAUGUUAAACGAUUGACACCAGCACCUGCUGUUGCAUUUCAGGGUUUAAUUUCGUUGAUAUUUAUCAUGUGUGGUAGUAUAGUUACCCUAAUUGAAUUUGCAAGUUUCUUUAUUUGGAUAUUUUAUGGUGUGGCCAUGGUGUCUUUAAUAGUUUUAAGGUACACAAAGCCAGGUGUUCAUCGUCCAUAUAAGGUUCCCAUAUGGAUCCCUUAUUUUAUAUUUUUAGUUGCCUUAUUUUUAAGUGUAACACCAAUUGCUACCGAUCCAUCACCUAAAUAUUUGUUUGCACUUGCAUUUAUAAUUUCUGGAAUAUUUGUUUAUAUUCCAUUCGUCUAUUAUAAAAUGAAAUUACCAUUAAUGGAUCAUUUUACAAAAUUGAUUCAAGUAGUAUUCCAAGCAGUGCCACCUGAAAAGUACGAAAAUCAAAAUAAUGUAGAUAAUGUAGAUAAUGAAAAAACUAAGGCUGAUAAAAAAUAAAACAUUUUAUAAAUAUCACCUCA